AUGCAAAUCUAUGUGGCUCAGCGGCAAUUGAAUUUGUUCCUUGAUAGCAAAACCACAAUUAUUAAUUCCCCCACCGUUUUGAGGAAGUACCGAAAUGAAUUCAAAGUUUUCUAUAACAUUGGUGUUUUGUUUAUUUUUAGGUUAGCCGACCGUCAUAUCUGUGGUGCGGCUUUAAUUGCUGCAAGAUACGGCUUAUCUGCCGCACACUGUUUUAAAGAAAUUGCAUUAUACAGUGUGAGAGCUGGUAGCGAUUUUAAAGACAGUGGGGGAAAUAUAACGAACAUUUCAAAUAUUUAUGUUCAUCCUGAGAGAAGUAUCUAUAAUUACGAUAUUGCCAUUUUGGUGUUUCAGAAUCCUCUAAAUUUAAGCUCAACGAUUCAACCAGUAAAACUACCAACAAACAAUGAUAUUCUGGCGCCUGGCAUAAGAGGCACAGUAUCUGGAUUUGGAGAUAUUUAUUAUGGGCAAACGAAAGGCUCAAAACUUUUAAAGGCCGCUCAAAUGUCUGUUAUUGAUUCUGAAUGGUGCAAAAACCAAUACAAAGAGUACGAAAUGCCUUUUACAGAAAUACAGUUUUGUGCUGGAGGCGAUAAUAUGGCUAACAUUACAGAUUCUUGUCAUGGAGAUUCAGGAGGCCCUUUUGUAACCGGCAACAUACUCCAUGGUAUAGUGGCAUACGGAUUGGAGUGUGGCGAUCCCAAACAUCCUGGUGUCUACACAAACGUAGCAGCGUUGAGAGAUUUUAUUUGGCUCAAUACAGGAAUUUAA